AUGACUGUGUCCCUCAAACUGGGCCGUUUCUGUGGUGGUGGUCUGGUCUGAGAAGAUGUGUUUAUUACUGCUGCUCACUGCGUGGUCAGCCUGGAGCAGGAACUCCUGAAGAGCCUGGUGGUGACAGUGGGGGAGCGUCACCUCCAACAGACACACAGACAGGAGCAGAGCAUCCCCGUCUCACGUGUCAUCAUCCACCCCGCGUUCAACCGGCUACACUACGUGGACUGCGACGUGGCCCUGCUGCGCCUGCAGCACCUGGCCCAGGACGGGGACGAGGUUCAGCCCAUCUGCCUUCCCCACAAGGAUGAAGACUUCCAGUCUGGGACACUGUGUGUGACUAAUGGCUGGGGCAAGGUGUCUGAGGUCUAUGUGGAGCUGCCCCUCAUCGACAGCCAGACCUGCAGCGUGCUGCUGAGGGGCAUGAACCUGCCGCUGUUGCAGGGCUCCAUGCUGUUCGGUGGCUUUUCCAACGCUGGGAGGGACAUAGCUUACACCAAGGGGGAAGAUGAUAAAAUUUACCAGGUGGAGCUGGUGACAUCAGUUGUCAGCUUCUGCAUGUGCACCUGGAAUAUAACAAUGCCGGAGGACAAAAUCAUCUUGAUACACUUCACCAAAUUAGAUGUAGAGUACCAAGUUGGAUGCGACUGUAAAUCCCGUGGGAAGGUGUUCCCACCCCCUCUGCUGGCAGAGUCGGACCAGGUCACCAUUACUUUUGUUUCUGAUGGGAGCAACACUGGCCAUGGCUUCGACCUCACCUUCAUGGCUGUCCAGAAGGACUCUGAAGCAGGUUCAGGUGGUGGGAGUGUCGCAAUGUUAGUGGAAGAGGGGGAGACUGAUACUGCUAAUUACCCUGGCUUGUAUCCCAGGAACACAAAGUGCCACUGGCUCAUUGAGACUCCAGCAGAGUAUGUAGUAAAGUGUCUGAGCCUCGUUUGCUCUCUGAAGUGCUCUCUUGCAGACGCCUGUGGCCUUCUCCCAGUUACUCCCCACUGGCUGUUCAAGCAUGUUAGUGGGGCUGAGGAUGCCUGUUCUCACUGUUGGCCAUGGCACACUGCCCUGAAGCUCCUUGGAGACUACCAGUGCGAUGGGGCUGUCAUCAGCGCUACGUAGCUGCUGACAGCUGCCCACUGCGUGCGGCUAUCCAAUAAACCCUUGCACUGGACUGUGACAGUAGGAGACCAUGAUAGAGCCCUGAGAGAGCCAACAGAACAGCUUGGUCGUUGCUUGUGGACGCUGAGCUAUGACUCCAACAUUGCCCUGGUGCAGCUAGACGUCCCUCUGGAGUACAAGCUGCUGAGGCCAGCAUGUCUGCCCAACAGCACAGAGAUGUUAUCUUCAUCUUCCCUCUGCUCUGUGUCUGGAUGGGGGAUCAUUGAAGAAGGUGGCUUAGCUAGGUGGUUGCAGCAGACACAAGUGCCUGUACUUGAGAAUGAAGUCUGUGAAAGAAAUUACUACUUCAGUUAUCCUGGAGGGAUCACAGCCAGAAUGCUUUGUGCUGGCUUUGUUUCUGUGGGAGGCCAGGACUCCAGUCAGGAUGAUUCUGGUGGCCCCUUGGUUUGCAACAAGGAAAAUGGAACAUUUACUCUUUACGGCAUUGUCAGCUGGGGUGUUGGCUGUGCCAGCCCAAAGAAACCAGGGGUUUCAAGGGUGAUGGUUUUCCUGGACCGGAUAAGACUGCCGAUGAAAGGAUACGUGGGAAGCACAGAGUGCUCUUGGAUACUCCGACAGUCUCUGAAGGGCAUGGCAAAGAUUAUAGUAAAGCAUCUGUCAAUAACAUCAUUGCUGUACUGCCAAGAGGAGUUUCUUGGGAUUUAUGAGGAGAGACAGCAAGGAAGAAAAGUGCUAGGACAAAAACCUGGCAAUGCCCCAAAAAAUCCCAGGAAGAUGAGCUCAGAGUUGUCAGGAUGCAUGGAUGUCAUCCUUGCAGAUCGGGAAGGAAUGAUCCAGUCACCAGCAUACCUCAGGAGAUACGCAAAUGCUGCCAGCUGCCACUGGCGAAUUGUAGCCCCAUUAAAACCCAUUAUUCAGCUUGAAGUCCUGGACUUCUGGACUGAAAGAAAUCUGUCUAAUUGUCAUGGCCAACUGAUGGUGUAUGAAGGAUUUGGACUAACCAAAGAGUUAAUAGGUGAGAGAGAGCUCACCUUAACGUUGGGGUGA